AUGUGCAUUCUGCAACGGCGAAGCAUUGUACCUCUCGAAAUCGCCGAACAUAUCAUCACCGAUGUCGGACCCGGCCAUCAGAACUACAAGACACUCCUGGCCUGCUCCUUGACAUGUAAAGCCUGGGUUCCCAGGAGUCGGUUCGUCCUGUACACCAUUGUGACGAUCACAACGGAGUCCCAACUGUACUCCUUCUCGGAAUCCAUCAAACGCGAGCGACACCUGUCCUGUUUUGUCAAGGAGCUGGUCAUUGUCUGGAAUCAGGAAUGGAACGAGACCACUUUGUCCAGUCUAUUAGUUUUCCCGGCCAUGUUUGCACGCAGACUCCCGAAUCUCGAGAAGAUCAAGAUACUUUCUGACCUGGCUUUGACUCCGCCGUCGAUACGCCAUCCCUGCUUUUACCUAUCCAUUGGCGAAUUUAGGUCUGUUGUCUCGCUCGUCCUGAGCACGAUCACAUUCUGCUCCUUCCGCGAGUUCGCUCGCCCCUUGUUGGCAUUACCAACGUUGUCCUCCCUUGAAUGUCUGCGUGUGCAUUGGAAGAACCAAGACAUUGACACGUUUUCGUCUUUUGAGUCCACCUCUUUGAACUUGGUGUCAUUAGCUGUCGAAGGAAUGGAGCCGAUUGGUUUGGCGAGCUUGCUGUCCGGAACAAACAACGCGCUUCAACAUCUCUCCUUGGAUUAUGCCCCUGAGUACGGGGAGGGCGUGUGGUGCGAUUCACCACGCUCUUCUCCUACCCUCCCGGAGCUGCCACACCUAAAGGAUCUGACGCUCAGCCUAAGGCUGCGAUUCGCAAAUACGCCAUGGCUCGAUACACUACUUUGCGAGACCAAACCCUAUCAGUUGCAGUCACUCACCAUCGAAUUCUGCGAUCCCCACAUCAAGUACGUCGACUUCAAGAGUCCGCCUACCACCCGAGUCGACGAGCUGCUGGGGAGUUCUUAUUAUGAGUCUCUCACUCUUGUGCGCGUCAUCUUCAGGACAGGUCGUCUGGGGGUGUCCCAUGGUACCUUGUGCGAUGAGGUCAAGAAGCGGCUGCCAAAGCUAUGA